UAAACGGAACAAGAAGAGACAGACACGAUGAAAGCGUCGUAUUUUGUGACAGUUUUAUUGCUUUCAGACAUAACAUUGACUUCAGGUUUUAUCAUUGAAUCCAUUGUAUGUGGUUCUGCUGCUGCUGUUGCUGCAUUUUUGUAUGCAUUGUCUCAGCGGGAUAAUGUAUUGCCUUUUGAUCAUAAACGUUUGGAGAAGGAUUUAAAUGAGAAUCUCCACGGCCAACAUAUCGUGUCGAAAGUUGUUCUGAGAACUGUAUCGUCAUUUAUGACGGACAGUAACCCGAACAAACCCCUCGUGCUCUCCUUCCACGGGACCGCAGGAGUGGGGAAAAACCACGUGUCUAAAAUCAUCGCAAGAAACAUUUACAAACUAGGGGACAAGAGCGAACAUUUUAUCAUGUUUGUAUCCCAACAUCAUUUUCCACACAAAGACAAAGUCGACAUGUACAGCGCAAGACUAAAGGAGCAGAUUCAUCAGCACGUAUCACGUUUCCCUCGGACCAUGUUUGUAUUUGAUGAAAUGGACAAGAUGAAUCCACGGCUGGUCGAGACCAUCAAACCUUUUCUGGACUAUGGGACACAUGUGGAUGGCGUCUCAUUCCGCAGUGCAAUCUUCAUUUUUCUAAGCAAUGCAGGUGGUGAUGUGAUCAACAACAUAGCUCUGGAUUUCUGGAAGGCAGGUAAAAACAGAGAAGAACUACAGAUGAAGGAGAUGGAGAAUCAGAUCCUUCAAAACAUCGUCAAUGAUAAGAGCACAGGUGGAUUUUGGCACUCCUCUCUAAUAAAUCACCACCUGGUGGAUCACAUUGUUCCUUUUCUCCCUCUGGAAAUGAAGCAUGUACGCCAGUGUGUUUUGACUGAAAUGGUCAAUCUGAACAUCAAUUUACAACAUCACGCUCAUCUGGCAGACACAGUGGCCAGAGACAUGCCCUUCUUCCCCUCAGACAAAAUCUUCUCUGUUAAAGGCUGCAAGUCAGUCAGACAGAAGCUGAUGCUGUACGUUGAUGACUAGAUAAGAAACAUAUAACUUUUGUUUACAUAGAUGUUUCAGCACUUGAAGACACCUUCAGAGACGUAUUCUAUAGAUUUACUAUCAUUGUGUCUGAUUAUAUUUAACUGAUUGUUGUUUGAUAAUAUCAGAUUUUUACACACAUUUUAAUUCAGUAGCCUUAGAAACAGGGCCUGAUGGGGAGAUGUUCUUCAUUCCAUUCUGACAUGAAGGAUGAAUGUUAUUGAAUGACAGUGAACGAAAGUUUGAUUUGAAUUAAAUUUUAAAAAAUGUA